ACACAGUAUAGCCAGCAAGCAGCCAAUCAGCCAGGCAGCCAAGCAGCAGCAGCAGCAGCGUAUCUCAGCAAGCAAUAUUAUCCUUUUUAUUAUAUCCCCUAUUUCCCCCGCCCGCGUAGGAAGGCCGUAGCCUGCAGGCUGCAGCUGCGGUCAAGUUUAGUUUUCUUUGUUUAUUUAAAUUAUUAUUUCUGGUAUUUAUUUACUUAUUCAUCAUUUAGAAUUCUCUCUCUCUCUCUCUCUCUCUCUCUCUCUCUCUCUCUAUAUAUAUAUAAUACAUACACACACACACACACACCUGCAGAAGAGAUCAUCAGAAGAAGAAGAACAAGAAGACAACAAUCAUGAAGGUGAUUCAGAAGAUCCGGGACGCGGAGGCUGCCGGCGGCGGAAGGCCCGUCUUCUCCUUCGAGUUCUUCCCCCCGAGGACGGAGGAUGGGGUGGACAACCUGUUCGACCGGAUGGAGCGCAUGGUCGCUCACAACCCCGCAUUCUGCGACAUCACCUGGGGCGCGGGCGGCUCCACCGCCGAUUUGACCCUGGAGAUCUCCAACCGCAUGCAGAACAUGGUCUGCGUCGAGACCAUGAUGCACCUCACCUGCACCAACAUGCCCGUCGACAAGAUCGACCACGCCCUCCGCACCGUCAAGUCCAACGGCAUCCAGAACGUCCUCGCCCUCCGCGGUGACCCCCCUCACGGCCAGGACAAGUUCGUCCAGGUCCAGGGCGGCUUCGCCUGCGCCCUCGAUCUCGUCAAGCACAUUCGGUCCCAAUAUGGCGACUACUUCGGCGUAACUGUUUCUGGUUAUCCAGAGGCACAUCCUGAUGUCAUCCAAAGUGAUGGGCUGGCCACACCUGAGGGAUAUCAGAACGAUCUUGCUUACCUUAAGAAAAAGGUUGAUGCUGGAGCUGAUCUCAUUGUUACUCAACUUUUCUAUGACACUGAUAUCUUCCUGAAAUUUGUGAAUGACUGCCGUCAAAUUGGGAUAAAUUGCCCCAUAGUUCCUGGCAUUAUGCCCAUUAAUAACUAUAAGGGCUUCCUCCGGAUGACUGGCUUUUGCAAAACCAGGAUACCACCUGAAAUCACUGCUGCCUUAGAGCCUAUAAAGGACAACGAAGAGGCUGUCAGAUCCUAUGGGAUUCACCUUGGAACUGAAAUGUGCAAGAAGAUUUUGGCUCAUGGAAUUAACACCUUACAUCUUUAUACUCUAAACAUGGAGAAAUCAGCACUGGCAAUACUAAUGAAUCUUGGAAUAAUUGAAGAAGCCAAAGUUUCAAGGGCCUUGCCGUGGAGACGCCCUGCAAAUGUUUUCCGUGUCAAAGAAGAUGUUCGGCCUAUAUUUUGGGCCAAUCGUCCAAAAAGCUACAUAUCAAGGACCAUAGGCUGGGAACAAUACCCACAUGGGCGUUGGGGUGAUUCUUGUAAUGCAUCAUAUGGUGCGCUAACUGACUAUCAGUUUAUGCGGCCCCGUGCACGGGAUAAGAAACUUCAUGAUGAGUGGGUUGUCCCCUUGAAGAGUGUUGAAGAUAUUUAUGAGAGAUUUAUGAAGUUCUGCCUUGGGAAACUGAGAAGCAGUCCGUGGUCAGAGUUAGAUGGCCUUCAGCCGGAGACAAAGAUCAUUGACGAGCAUCUGGGGAAAAUUAACUCAAAGGGUUUCCUCACGGUAAAUAGUCAACCAGCUGUCAAUGGAGCAAAGUCUGAUGCCCCAUCUGUUGGAUGGGGUGGACCAGGUGGAUAUGUCUACCAGAAGGCCUAUCUGGAGUUUUUCUGCCCCAAGGAGAAGUUAGAUGCUCUUGUUGACAAGUGCAAAGCUUUCUCAUACCUGACCUACAUGGCUGUAGACAAAGGAGGAACCUGGAUAUCCAACGUUGGCCCAACUGACGUGAAUGCGGUGACAUGGGGAGUCUUCCCUGCCAAGGAAAUCAUACAACCAACUGUUGUGGAUCCUCGCAGCUUUAUGGUGUGGAAGGAUGAGGCCUUUCAAGUCUGGUCAAGAGGAUGGGCUCAAUUAUAUCCAGAGGGUGACCCGUCCAGAAAACUGCUGGAGGAGGUGGAGAGCAGUUAUUUCUUGGUUAGCUUGGUGGAUAAUGAUUACAUCAAUGGCGACUUGUUUGCUGUUUUCAAAGACAUCUAAGACGAGGAGGAUAUUCCUAUCUUUUGGAUGCCUCUAAUUUUAAAACCAGGGAAGCCACAUUCAAAUUCAGGUGUUUCCUUCAAUAUUAUUAGACUAAAUGCGGCUGUCUUUUGUUAUGGUGGAUAUUCCUAUCGUUACAUGUUGUGUAAUAAACUAUUUCAUUGGAGUUCUGAUACACUCGCCUAAUUCACAAUGCAAAUUGCAUACCAAGUGAAGUUGAUUUUUCUUCUUGGACAAAACAUAAUGUGGUCCAACGACUUGACUCUUCAAGAUGGUGGCUGAUAAUACACGCACACAUUUCUUUCUGUGCUAAUAUAUAUACACAGUUUUGCGUGUC